CACACACACACACACACACACACACACAUAUUAAUGUUUAUUUUUAUUUCCAUUUACAGAUCAUUUCAAAUGGAAUAACAACUUAUAAUAGACAAGACUGAAUAGAAGAGUCAGAGACAUAUAAAAACAUUUACUUCAUCAUACUUGUAGAAUUUCAAUCAAACCUUUACAAAUGAUGGGCCACAAGAGAGAGAAGAGGGGGAAACUGGACAUUGGUGAGACAUACGCCACUUACUGGAUUAGAAAGCACCAAGCUGAGAUGUGCCGAUAUCAGCCAAUUGUGCGGGAAAAUUCCAUGGUGACCCUAAGGACCAAACAGAUUCCCGAACGAGGAUUCAUCAGGGAGGGUUCGCUGAUGAACCUCAAAUCAAAUCCACAGAAAAACAACGAAUUCAACUUUGCAAGGGACUUCUCUUUAUCCGGGGAACCAACAUUCUUUCGAGACAGGGAAUCUGCAUUUUUCAGGGAUCCGUCAAACUAUUACGACAAGCAUGCCAGCUGCAACAGUUCAGAGAUAGUGAUGGAUGGAAAUUCUUACGCCGGAGGAACAUCCAGUCACGCUGGUUCAGCAUUCUUACCAGAGAAAUCCCGUAGAUUAUUCGAGAGGUGGGACAACCAUCAAGAAAGCGUCAUACCUCAACGGAAGUACACCAUACUGCCUCAGAUCGGCAAUCCCAGAUUCAUAAGCAUUCAAGAUUCGCGACACCGAUUCGUCAACCAGUUGGAUUAUUCGAGGGAUAACUUUGAGAAGGAUGCUGAUUUCUUUGCAGACUACAAUAAGGCGCUGAUUAAUGAGGAAGUUCUAAGUGUGAGGGGGGUUCCCCUUCCUCCGCUGAACACGGCUCGACUCAAACUGAAUAUCAUGUACCAAACAGAGGGUGACAUUUCUGAAGAAACGUCCCAGUGUUACACUAAUUCCAUGACUCUAUCGGAUAACCUGGCCACCAGCACCCUGGACGAGCUUUCAGAUGAAAAUUCUACCAUUACCAGCGCCAAUGGAGAGCGUGUUCGUUCUGAAGCCGAAGAAAAUGUUUCUUCGACCAAACACAAAGAAAAAAAUACCAAUGGUGGAACCGAAACUUCGGAAGAAGAUUCAAGUUACGACACAGAAGGAGAAAACAUUGUUUGUGAAAAAGAACCCAAGAAAAAAGAAUGUGAAAAAGAUAACGACAAUAGAACAGACGAGGAACAAGUUAAAAUGGUGAAAUGUAAGGAAACACCAGCAGACAUAAAUGUGGUUGAAAGUGACAAAGAGAAAAAAGAGAAAACCAGUUACACAAAGAAAGCAGCAAACAUUGCAAGUCAAAAAGCUACAAAUUUAAAACUUUUUAAAAAUCUAAGGAAAUUUACAAGAUAAGCUGGUUUCAGUUCACUACAUAAGGAUUACUGAAUGUGAGUUCAUUAAAUAUGUAGUAAGGAUAUCUUUGAAAGACAAUUAAUGAAUAAAAUAUUAUUUAUAUUGACUAAAUAAAUCCAGUGUUUGUGGCAUUUAGCUUUGAUUUCUUUUCAAAGGUCCCAUCAUAGAGAUAUUGAUAUUCUGUAAGCUAACCUAAAAGUUGAAGAAAUGAAAAACAAUAGCCUAAAAAGUAAAGGUGAUUAAUUCAGUGUGAUCUUCAUUAGUCAGUCAGGUUAAUGAAAAUAUUUUGCACUAUUCUCCCACCGGAAGGAUUUAAGUCUAUGUGGAUAACAUGCACCUGCACCUGAGAUGUACUGAACCGGUUUUCUGGAACAUUCCAUCAUUACAUUCAAAAUUGUUCAAACUUAAGUUUUUAAUAGGGAAAUUUAAAGGGACAUUCUGGAGUCGGAGGGUGGGGGAGGGGUGAGCUAUAAAGACACUUGGUGAUUCAUCAAAUAAACCUUGAAGAACUAUUAUUUUUAGACUAUUUAUUUAAAUAAUGACCUGAUAAUGUUCUAAUGUUAUGAGUUCAUGGUCACUGUUUAAGUUUAUUAACUUCCUUUAUUUGGUCGUUCUUAUACCUCAUAAAUUUUGGAGUGAAAAACUGCAUGUGACAACUCUAGUACUUAUAUCUUUUUGAUGGAUCAACUACAAUUCACACUUCAAAGAAUAAAUGGAAAUUUGCUUGUCUUGGUUCUGAUCAGAUUUUAAGCUAAAUUUAAUUGCCAUUUAUUGGAGGCUUUCAUUUUCAAUCCUGAGAAAUGUAGUGAAUCCCAGUGACAAUUCCGUGUAUUUUUAGAAAACCACGAUCGUAGCUCAAGAUUUCAAACUUGUAUUGUUAACUGAUAGUGAAAACUCAGCACUAGAACUUUAACACACACAGGCUCCAGUCGAAGAAGGGUCUUUAAGGCAAAAAUAUCCUUGCAAAAAUAUUGUAUUCACAUAGUAUAUUUUUUGCAUAUUUUCGUUUUACCAUUUACUGAGUUUGGUCCUAUUAUGAAAUCAGACCGAUG